UCCCCGGGGGGGUGGGGAGGAGGGUGCCCGGCCCCUCCCAUGGCAGGGAGGGGUGAUGGGCACCCACGGGCCCCCCUGCACCCCUGGGUGUCCCCCAAAUCCGCCGUCACCCCGAAGCCGCCCCGAAUUUUUGUGCGUGCCCCGCCUCAGAUGUCCCCGGGGGGGUCCGGGGGGGUCCCGGGGGACCCCGAUCCCGCGGGGGGGAGGAGGCCCCGGUGCCCCCCGGGGCCCCCCGGUGCCGGGGGUACGGGGGGGUGCGUGGGGGGUGAGUCAGGGCCGAACCACGCGGCCGUGAGUCACCCCGGGGUGGGAUCGGCGGGUCCGGACAAAGGCGCUUUCACAGCAAUGCCCCCCCGGCACCCCCCAGACCCCCCCCCCAAACCUCUGGGGCCCCUCCCGGUGUUUGGGGGGACACCCCCCUCCCCCCGCCUGCCCCCCCUCCCUCUCCCGGCGCCAAGCCCCGACUUGUAGCGGCCGGUGAGUCACCGGGCGGGGCCGGGCCGGGGCGGCGGCGCCGCUGGGGGCACCGGGACCACCGGGAGGAGCCGCCAGGACCCCCGGGAGGAGCCGUCGGGACCACCGGGCACAGGGACCCCCGGGGACCGGCAGGACGGCGCGGCAACGGGACCGCCACGGCAGCGGCGCCGGGGUGGCCCCGGGAUGAAGCGGCGAGCGGCUCUGCCGGCUCAGCCUCCCCCGCCUCGCCUCCCGUGCCUCAGUUUCCCCGCUCACAUGGUGCCGGACACCCAGCCCCUGCUCCCCAGUGCCGGGGGGCGGCUGUGCGCUGGUUGGGGUCCGCCGGAGGGAACACGGGGGUCCCGCUCUGCAGAUCCCGACCACGAUCCCCCCGGCCGGGCUCGCAGGGGUUAACGGGGGCUGCGGCCCCUUUAAGGGAGAGGGGCGGGGCUUAAAGGGGCGGGGUCGGCCGAGGGAGGGGCUGCAGCCAAUCAGCGCCGAGGGGAGGGGCGUGCGGGCAGUGGGCGGGGACACCUGGCGACAUCCCACCCACCCUGGGGACACACCUGGGGACACCUGGGGACACCUGGGGACAUCCCACCCACCCUGGGGACAUCCCACCCACACCUGGGGACACCCCCGGGGACACCUCGGGACAUCCCACACACCCUGGGGACACCUGAGGACACCUGGGGACAUCCCACCCACGCUGGGGACAUCCCACCCACACCUGGGGACACCUGGGGACAUCCCACACACCCUGGGGACACCUGGGGACAUCCCACCCUGGGGACACCCCCGGGAACACCUGGGGACAUCCCACCCACCCCGGGGACACCCCCGGGAGCUCAGGGAUCCCCCCGGGAUCCCCACAGAACAGAUCCCUGAUCCCGCCGGAGGACGGGAUCAGAGCCGAUCCCAAAGCCCAGGGCGGGAUGGAGGAGGACACGCCGGGUCCUGCAGGGCGGGGAAUGAGGCUGGAUCCCGAGUCCUCCCGGUGUGGGAUCCCCUGUCCCGCCAGGGCACCGAUCGAUCGAUCCCAGACCCUCCCGGCACCGAUCAAUCGAUCCCAGACCCUCCCGGGCUGUCACAGGAGCAACCAGCGAUUCCCUGAAGAACCCCAAAACCUCCCGAUCUUCCCCUAAAAUGCCGCUGCUCCGGGAUUCCUGGGAUGCCCCGGGGCUGGGAGCGUUCAUCGCGGCGAUUACCGAAAUUGCGGUGAUUAACCCCGGAUCCCAAAAGGUCACGGCCGCGGUGCCCCGCCCGCCCGGACGCGCAGACACCGCCGGACACCGCCGGACGCGACGGAACUGACCACGCGAGGCGGCUAGGCCCGAAACGGGGACACCGGGAGCAGCACCGGGGGCACCGGGAGCACCGGGAGCACCGGGAGUGAGCGCUACGGUGUCCAGCUCCACACCACCAGCCGCGUGCCACACCAGAACCAGGGACGCCAGAAGCUUCUGGAAGGGGGAGCCGCAUCCUGCCACGCACCGUGCGGGGACCGCUGGUGGCACGAGAGGUGGCACGAGAGGUGGCACCGGUCCGCGCCGCGCCAGCAGCACGGGAGGCACGAGGAGCCCGUGGUGUCCCGCCCCACGCUGCGCUGCCGCGCAUGGAAGCCACGGGACAGUUUGACAUGUGGCGCGACUACCUCGGGCUGGCGGCGCUGGUGGCCGUGCGCCUCCAUGACCCCGCGGGCCGUGGGGACAGCGUGGUGCCACUGGGAGCUGUGUCCUCGUGCGCUGGGCCAGCUCCAGCUGUGGGGACAGCUCCACAUGUGGGGCCAGCUCCGUGUGCCAGGCCAGCUCCGUGUGCUGGGCCAGCUCCAGCUGUGGGGCCAGCUCCAGCUGUGGGGCCAGGUCCACAUGUGGGGCCAGCUCCAUGUGCUGGGCCGGCUCCAGCUGUGGGGCCAGCUCCAGCUGUGGGGCCAGCUCCAGCUGUGGGGCCAGGUCCACAUGUGGGGCCAGCUCCAUGUGCUGGGCCGGCUCCAGCUGUGGGGCCAGCUCCAGCUGUGGGGCCGUCUCCAGCUGUGGGGCCAGCUCCAGCUGUGGGGCCAUCUCCAGCUGUGGGGCCAGCUCCAGCUGUGGGGCCGUCUCCAGCUGUGGGGUCAGCUCCAGCUGUGGGGCCAGCUCCAGCUGUGGGGCCGGCUCCAGCUGUGGGGCCAGCUCCAGCUGUGGGGCCGGCUCCAGCUGUGGGGCCAGCUCCAGCUGUGGGGCCGUCUCCAGCUGUGGGGCCAGCUCCAGCUGUGGGGCCGUCUCCAGCUGUGGGGCCAGCUCCGCGCACCAACCCAGCUCCCCGUACGGGGCCGGCUGCACGCCCCAAGCCAGCCCUGUGCUCGUUCUGCCAGCACAACGGCGAGGCGCCGGGCGUGUACCAGAGCCACAGCCUGCGCGACGCCCGCGGCCGCCUGCAGUGCCCGGUGCUGCGCAGCUACGUCUGCCCGCAGUGCGGGGCCACGCAGGACCAGGCCCACACGCGCCGCUUCUGCCCGCGCACGCGCCGCGGAUACGUGUCCGUCUACUCCCACCCGCUGCCCGCCGGGAGGAGGCAGAGGAACGGCAGGAUGUAGCCAAGGGACGACGGAGGAUCCCCUGUCACCGUGCAGGGACUUCCUCAGAGGAUGAGACCACGGCCUGGAGCUGGACUGGGACCAGUCUCCCCAGUCUGCGCCGCCUCCCGACGCCGUGCCACCCCGAAGGGUCGCUCCGGCCAGGUUUGGGUGCUGCCAGGGGGCCAGUUCUGAGUUUUGGGUUAGGUUUGAGUUCUAAGUUCUGAGUUCUGGUUAAUCCCAAAAGGGGUCAGUGCUCGAUGUGUUACCAGACAUUUUGAGUUGGAUCGUUGAGUUUUGGUUAAUCCCAGCUCCAGGAAGGGGGAGCUCCAGGUGCUGGAGCUGGCCCCAGGAGUUUUGGGUUGAAUUUUGGAGUUUUGGUUAAUCCCAGGCCAGGAGGGGACUGGGAAGGGGCAGGUGCUCCAAGUGUCAGAGCCUUUAUCCCACCACCACAGCCGUUCCCAGCGUUUUGGGUGGGUUUGGUGGGAUUUGGGUGGGUUUGGUGGGAUUUGUUCACCCACCACAGUGGGUAGCAAGUGCUGGAACCAUUCUCCAGACGAAGGUUUGUUUAUUCCCAUCGUUUCCAUCAAUAAAUUAUUAUUAUUAUUGUU